AUGAACAAGAAAUUACAGCUUCCGUCCAAUAUCGUCAGCUCUCCAAUUCUUUCCGGCAUUAGUACCGCACUUGCAAUAAUUGUUGGUAUUGUUACAAUUAUUGGUGUCUCAUGUCAUCACAAACACGUCAUCCGUCGUAUUGAUACAAGUAAAAAGAAAGUGUCGACUGUUCACAUUGGACUCCUUCGAAUUCACGUCCCCCAAAAGUUUCAAGAUUUGGUAAAAAAUGACGUUUUAGUGGAGAAAACAAUGGAAUUUGUAUCCCAAAAAUUAUUUAUUUAUGUCUUUGGAAGAGAGAAUCACGAGGUAAUUAAUUACAUUAGUGAACUUUACACCAUGACAUGGGAUAUUGCCGGUAAACUGGACAAACCUUUUCUGGAUAUUCGUAUUGUAGGGAAUGGUGUGUCGAAAGGCAGUACGUCGUGGGAUGAGUUAAUGCUACGGCCGGACUUGAAUGCCGUGUUUGCUGAGGAUGCAGUAGUGGAUGUACAACAUUUAAAUGCUCAACGGUUUCAGCAGGACGGUCUAUAUGCAGUCACAUAUUAUCCAUUGGCGAUGCAUGUUGAAAGGAGGCUGGCUGCUGGUGUAAUUUACUUUGAGAACGAACAUGCAGACUUGACGCCACAUGAUCUUGUCAUUUUGGGAGGAACGUUUGACCAUUUGCACAAUGGACACAAGAAACUGCUGUCACUAGCUGUCGGUAUCUGUGCAAAGCGUAUGAUUGUUGGUGUGACGGCAGAUAGUAUGUUGAAAGAAAAAGCACAUGCGGAGUUGCUGGAGCCGUUGGAGAAGAGGAAGAGUGCUGUCCGUGCCUACAUUGCAUUCCUUAAUCCACACGUCAUUGCAGACAUUGUGACGAUUGAAGAUCCAUUUGGUCCGGCAGUUGUGAUCCCAGAGUCAGCGGCUAUGGUUGUGUCGACUGAAACGCUUUCGGGUGCUUCCAAGAUCAAUAGCAUACGCGUUGAUAGCGGAUUGCCAAAGCUCCACAUAUUUGCAUGCCGUCGCACGGAGAACAGUACACUCAGCUCUAGCUGCAUUCGUGCAAAGAUUGCAGCUUCUCGAAAUCGUUAA